AUGGUGGGCAGGUGUGGCCCUCACCCACAGGGCCUCCACUCCCUCGGGGGUGUCGACCUGAAGGGCGUGGAGGGACAACUACGGUUUGGGGACGUCCAGUUGCCCCUCCAGGAUAACAUCAAGGUCCUGGGAAUCACCAUCGACCGGGAGCUGCGCUACGACCAGCACAUCGCGACUGUGGCCCGCCAGACCUCUCAACGUGUGUCUGCCCUCCGUAGGGUGGCUGGCAGCCUGGACCCCCGAGGAAUCCUGACGCUGUACAAGGCACAGAUCCGCCCUUGUAUGGAAUACGGUGCCUUGUCGUGGAUGUCCAGCGCCGUCACUCACACCCGGCGCCUUGACGCGGUGCAGAGACGCGCCCUCCGACUGCUGGGGGAUGAGGAGGAGAUCCCUGCCAGCAUGACAUCCCUGGAGCACCGUCGCGACGUAGCAGCAUUGGCAGUCUGUCACAAGACGCAGGUGCUGCACACGCCUCAUCUCAGCAGGCUGUGCUUGACGCCACACCUCGCUCAACGAGCGACGCGACAGGCAGCAGCCGGGAACCAACGAGUGACGGUGCCUCACUCACACACAUCGCAGCACCUGCGGACGUACAAGGCCAGGGCAGCGCGUCUUUGGAACGGCUUCACGGAGGCCACGCCUGAUCUGGAACGCAUGUCCACACACCAGGCGAAAGUAGCUGCCAACAUUUGGAGAGGCACCCUCCCCACGCCGUUCCUGCUCCACACUUGA